GCUUUGAGCAGAUUGCUUCAAGUAUCCUUCUAUUAUAAUUUAUUCGUACCUUCCUAUAAGUACUGUGUAAUUUACAUGAACUUACGUAACAUUACCCUACCGACGUCAAUUAAGUGCCCCUCCAUUUUUGCGGGGUCCGAAAUUCGCGUCAAGAACAACCGCGGAGACGCGUCGGGCUUCCAAAGUUCACUUUAUUCUCUGCAGUCAUCUAACUACCAUUCUGUUAUCGCCACAAAUGACACCAUCACCACAAUGCCCAGGGAAAUAAUCACAAUUCAGGCUGGCCAAUGCGGCAACAGCAUUGGCAGCCAAUUUUGGCAGCAGCUUUGCCAGGAGCAUGGGAUCAGCCAAGAUGGAAACCUAGAGGAUUUUGCGACCGAGGGCGGUGACCGCAAGGAUGUGUUUUACUACCAGAGCGACGAUACGCGCUACAUCCCGCGGGCAAUUCUUGUCGAUCUCGAGCCUCGAGUCAUAAACGGAAUCCAGACAGGGCCGUACAAAAAUAUCUAUAAUCCCGAGAACUUCUACAUAGGAAAGAAUGGCGUGGGAGCCGGCAACAACUGGGGUGACGGUUAUCAGACUGGAGAGUUGGUACACGAAGAGAUUAUGGAGAUGAUUGACCGCGAAGCGGAUGGCAGCGAUUCACUGGAGGGGUUCAUGAUGCUUCACUCAAUCGCCGGCGGCACAGGGUCUGGUUUGGGGUCUUUUCUCCUCGAAAGACUAAAUGACCGCUUCCCCAAGAAGAUCAUCCAGACAUACUCUGUCUUUCCGGACACGACCAACUCCGGCGACGUCGUUGUCCACCCUUACAACAGCAUGUUAGCAAUGAAGAGGCUAACGCAAAAUGCGGACUCGGUUGUCGUUCUUGACAAUGGAGCUCUGUCUCACAUCGCCGCCGAUAGGCUCCAUCUGCAAGAGCCUUCAUUCCAACAAACAAAUCAGUUGGUGUCUACCGUCAUGUCGGCCAGCACCACCACCUUGAGAUACCCCGGCUAUAUGCAUAACGAUCUUGUCAGCAUUUUAGCAUCACUGAUCCCAACCCCGCGUUGCCACUUCCUGAUGACGUCCUAUACCCCCUUUACCGGUGACCAGGUCGAGCAGGCCAAGACCGUCCGGAAGACUACGGUUUUAGACGUAAUGCGACGGCUUUUGCAGCCUAAAAACCGCAUGGUAUCGACGGUUCCGGGAAAGAAAAGCUGCUACAUUUCUAUCCUAAACGUGAUCCAAGGAGAAGUUGACCCCACUGAUGUCCACAAGAGCCUCCUCCGCAUCCGGGAGCGACGGCUAGCGACGUUUAUUCCCUGGGGUCCAGCAAGCAUUCAGGUGGCCUUGACCAAGAGAAGCCCGUACAUCCCAAUGGCCCACCGUGUGAGCGGACUGAUGCUAGCGAAUCACACAAGCAUUGCCACUCUCUUCAAGAGAAUAUUCCGGCAGUACGAUGGCAUGCGGAAACGAAACGCCUUCCUGGAGGGCUACAAGAAAACAGCCCCAUUUGCAGAUAACCUUAGCGAGUUUGAUGAGGCCAAGGAAGUCGUUACAGAUCUCAUCGCUGAGUACGAGGCUGCUGAGAAUCCCGACUAUCUCAACCCCGAUCUAGGAGAAGGGGGGUUGUCGACUGAGACGGACCGGCGAGACAGAUGAAUGAACGGAGCGUGCACAGGUAGAAACCGCGGUGUUCGGGAGCUAAGCAUUUUUUUUCUUUUGCUUUCUUUCUUUCAGCUCAGUGGUUUAGGUGGAUUUUGUUUUUCUACUGUAUUCCACGCAUGGGCAAGAGCCUGCAACGAACAGUGCCAGGAAUGGAGUUUAAGGCCUCGGGAGUUCAGCGGCAGUAAAUUGAUGUCUUAUGAUGCUGCCAUUCGUGGCGCAAAAGAUGAAUAGCUCUAAAUCAUGAUAAUAAACCAAGUACGUUCAAGAUCACAAGA